ACUAGAUCUGGCAUCUCUCUCGCAUUUGGCCCGUCUUUUCCUUCCAACAAGCUCGUUUACUUUUCCUGUAGAAAAUUAAUCUUAUCUUAUUUAACAAUAAACAUACAAAAACUUCACAAUGCCACCACCGUCAGCUAGUCGAAAAUUUAUGUAUCCUGAACAGUCAGUGCCCUAUUCCUUAUAUAUAAAGCGCGAAAAUCCGGAUGAUGUAUUUGCCAAGCUUUGGAAGCCAUCCAGCUUGCAGUUGGAGGAACGAUCCACAUUCUUAAAAGUCGGUGCACUGGCAACUGUAAAGGGCUCGGCCUACAUGGAAUAUGGUAAUACAAAGGUAAUGGCAUCAAUAGAACCACCACGUGAGCUAACUAAGCAGACCAGAAAAAUUGGCACACUAGGCAUAGUAACGUGUACACUGAAAUAUGCACCGUUUGCGGUUAAAGAUCCCUCAUGUAUACCGAGAAAGGAAACGUCUAUGGCAUUGGCGCUGAAAAAAGCACUAGAGCCUGCUAUUUGCCGCCAUGAAUUUCCGUACUUUCAACUAGAAAUUAAAGUGAUCAUAUUGGAUGAUGAUGGAUGUGCGCUUAGUACCGCAAUUAAUUGUUGUGGCGCUGCUUUGGUGGAUGCCGGUAUUGCUACUUACGAUCUAAUUACAGCGUCAACAGUAUGCAAAUACAGAGAUGUAGAGUUCGUAAAUCCAAACGCUGUAAUUGAGCAGUUAGUCUCGACCAUAAGCGACUCUGCGGCCGACGAGGAGCACGGUAUAGUUGUUACUGCUAGUUUGGCGGCAGUGGACCAGAUUACCGAAUGCUUCCAAAAGGGAUAUUUCAAACCAGAAACGCUCAAACGACUUACGGAACAUACAUUGACUUUGAAUGAACGCAUUUUGGAUACACUACGUUAUGUAUUAAUUAACAAGGUAAAACAACAGUUGGAAAAGCAGGAAGCCAUGAGGGCAAUUUUUGAAUCGUCAAAUGUCGGAGCUAAUGAUGAUUCGGAUUAAAGAUUAUAAACGUUCAUUCGAAAUAGAGAAAGACAUUUACUUUUUUAACUAAAA